AUGCCGCAGCGCGCUUCGUCAUCGUCCAGCUUGAUGCGCCCUUUCGUGGUGCUCGCUCUGCCCGGAAUGUACUUGCUGUACAAGUAUAACCAAUACCGACAGCAGCAAAUGGAGACCGCGCGGCGCCGCGUCACCGAGCGCGAGCUUAUGCACCUCAACACUAAAAUCGACAAAUUGCUCAACAAAUUGGAAGAAAAUGAACCUGAACUAGCAACAUCGCCCGAGGAAGAAUGUGUGAUAUGCGUGAACGCGAAGGCGACGAUGCAAACGUCGCCCUGCGGACACCGAGUAGUGUGUCGGCGAUGUUUCGUGAAAACCAUCCAGAUGGCUGUGAGCCAAAGGCUUUUACCACUUCGCUGUGUUAUUUGCCGAGCCAAGAUCCUACGAUUGAGACAGGCGCCCCGUCUUGUUACCAGUAAAAGUUGGCAGGUGUCAAGUGGCAGUGGCAAGUCAUGGGGUGUACCAGGGUCCGUUUCUUCGUAUUCGGUGGGCGCGCGUUCCGUGCCCGCCUCUGCAUCCCUCUACUCCGUUACUAGUGGCGAAUCUUCUCUGUCAGGAGUGUCUUCCGUAUCAUCGAACAGUGGCAAUGUCAGCAACACCGGUUGUUCGACAAAGCUAUGUGGCGGUGCAAAAUGUGGAGGAGCGUGUCUCGGGGCUGUGCCCCGUGCCCCUGCUGCUUCGGUACCGCCACGGCCUCGGCAGCCAGCCUCGAACACUUUGCGGCGAUCGCAGCACCAUAGCAUGAAGGCUCGAUUGCAAGAUUAUCAAAUGCAUAGCUAUACUGGCGGACCUGCUGGAGAACCUUCAGGCAGAUUACCACCUAUCCGAGAAUUCCAAAGAGAAUUUCGUGAAGGUCGCCGAGAGAGUGCUGCUGCUGCGUCUGCCUCAACUAGAAUAAGAUGUGCCCAAAAAAUUGUUACACAGUUAGAAACGUCUCCACAAAAGAAUAAGCAACACUUUUUCCGACCUCUUAAGCCGUCUAACAAAGACGACCCACCAAAAUCAAGAGAUCACAGUAAAGAGACUGAUAAGAAAAAAGAUAACCCCAAAGCGAAACCAAAGAAAGAAGAAAAGAAAAAGAAAGAUACUGACGAAAAUAUAAAACAAGGUGAUAAAAAUAAAAAAGACGAAAGUAACGAUAAUAAAAAGAAUGAAAAUUCUGAAAGAAAGAAGGAAGAAAAACUUAGACUUAAAGCGGAGAAGGAAGCUAAAAAGGAAGCAAAGUUACAAGCUAAGGAAGAAGAAAGACAAGCAAGGCUACUUGCCAAAGAAGAAGAGCGGCAGGCAAAAUUAUUAGCAAAGGAAGAAAAGAAAAAGGCCAAGAAGGAGGCGAAAUUGGCGGCGCAAGUUGAAAAAGAAAAAGUUAAAUAAUAAUAUACCAUUCAAAUUUUUACAUAGUAGAAACUUUUAGCCGUCUUUAGAUUUUAGAUUUGAAAAUCGUUAUUAUCGAUGCAGGAUAAGAUUUUAUGAGUAUUGUAAUAAAUUAAUGUUAAUAAAUUACUGUAAUUACUUAGCAUGACUUCAUUUCAAUUUUAUUUCUCCUUAGUUACCUUUUUUUGUAUUACUUAUUACUAAGACAAUAUGAAUUUAAAUAAACAGAUAUAUUAUAUGUAAAUUAGUAAUAGAAACAGUGAUUAUGUUACUACGUAGCACAUUAAUUUUUUUCUGUUAAAGUUGUUAUUAGAAUCUGGAUAUUAAAUAUAGUUCAUGGGUCAUAGUUGGAACUCUACAAACUGCGAAGACUGACGAACGAGAUAAAAAAAUCAUAUCGUUUUGUAACUUGUGUGUAGUUAAGAGCUUUGUGCAUGAUUGUAUUGCCAAAGAAUUUAUUUACCACAGAUCUUAUUAUGAUCCGACCCAUUUCAGUAAGACAUAAUUAAUUUAAUAAUAAAUACUAGUAAUGCUAGACAUUAUUUUAUUUAUGUGUUUUUUAGAUAUAUUUAUUUUGGCUACUAGUUAAACCAUUAAAAUUAAAAAUAGUUUUACGAACCCCUAGACUAGGGAAAACCAAUGUUAAGUUUAAGUUUUUAGUCUUUUUCUGCUUCUAUUCAAGACAAAGUGUCAUAUUUAUAAAGAAUUAACGUAGUCAUAUCAAAAGUUGAGUUAGCAUGAACUAUGUAAACGUUAAGAUUUCUUUUACAAGGUUUCCAUGUUGGAAUCUAUUGUCAAUCGUUAGAAAUUUCCUGUAAAAUAAAUAACAAUGUUACCUAAA